AUUCCAUAUAGACCCCCGAGUAGACGGGAGCGAUUCCAUACAGACGACUAUUAAUUACUUCAUGAAAAACAUUUUUAACACCAAGUGUAAGGUUGCUGUUGUUAUGGAUUUUAUGUACGUUGUGUGCACGUGAGGUUUCGGUGCAAGAAGUAUCAGCGGCGUUUUCUGAGUGAGCACAUUCAAAAAUCUAUCAAUAUUAAGUGUUCGUUGAGGUUUGAACUGUGAUUAAAAUCUAACGAGUCAAACCGCAGACGACAAAAUGAAUGCGAGAACUGACGUCAACGAGACCGCGAAAAGGCGGUUCGCCUUCCAGAAAGCUUUCAGUCAAGAGCACGGCGGGUGGCGAAAGAAAAGUCUGAUCGCUGACGCCAAGUUUGAGACCGCGGCCAACAAGGAGUUCAAGAAACAGGAGCGGCGCCUGAGCAAAACAGACUCCAUCGGGGACGAGGAAGGUUUCGCCCCUGGACUUCUACCUGACGCGUUCCCAGACGACUUCGCGGCCUUCAACUUGCUGGUGACGUUACGGGAGGGGACGGUCAGCCUAGCCAAGGUCAUCCGGUGUUUUGAGAAUGGCAAGGUUUUCAUCACUCACAUCGAGUCCCGUAAGUCGCCCUCUGACCUCAAGCAGUACCAGCUCUUCCUGCAGCUGGUCUGUGCACACGACACGUUCGACAACGUCUGCUCGUCUGCCAAACAGAGCCCGCUCAUCCUUGACCUCAAGUUGUUGGAGGAGAAGGAACCCGAGAAAAAAGACGCCUGGUUCCCCAAGCACAUCUCUGAACUGGACCAGUGCACGCACCUGAUCACAAAGUUUGAGCCUGACCUGGACUACACACACCCUGGUUUUGCUGACAAGAACUACCGACUACGUAGAAAAGAGAUCGCCGACAUAGCUUUUGGUUACAGAUACGGGCAGGAGAUCCCGAGAGUAGAGUACACGACAGAAGAAAACGCCACGUGGGCGCACGUGUACCGGAACCUGAAGAACCUGUUCCCCACCCACGCCUGCCAGGAACACAUCAACGUCUUCAGGCUGCUGGAGGCGGAGGGCGGGUUCUGUGAGGAGAAGAUACCACAGCUGGAGGACGUCUCAAACUUUCUUAAACGUAAAACCGGUUUUCAGCUGCGACCGGUUGCCGGCUUGUUGUCGGCACGUGACUUCCUGGCGUCCUUGGCCUUCAGAACUUUCCAGUGUACCCAGUACGUGAGGCACGGAGCCAAGCCUGACCACUCUCCAGAGCCGGACUGCAUACACGAGCUGCUAGGUCACGUGCCGAUGCUGGCUGACCCCAAGUUCGCCCAGUUCGCCCAGGAGCUCGGCCUCGCGUCACUUGGCGUGUCUGACGAGGACAUUGAGAAGUUCGCCACGCUGUUCUGGUUUACCGUGGAGUUCGGCCUGUGCAAACAAAACGGAGAGCUCCGGGCCUACGGGGCUGGGAUGCUCUCGUCCUACGGGGAGCUACAGAACAGCCUGAGUGGGGCGCCGGACGUCCGGCAGUUUGACCCGGCCGUCACAGCCGUGCAGGAGUACACGGACGACGACUUCCAGCCCAUCUUGUUCGUUGUGGACUCCUUCGAUGACAUGAUGAUGAAGAUGAGGCAGUACGCCGCCACCAUUGAGCGCAGGUUUGACCUGCGAUAUGACCCCUACACCCAGUCGGUCAGGAUCCUGGACCACACCACGGCGCUGGCGGCGGUCGCUGAAGGUCUGCAGCAGGAUGUGGACAUGCUGGUCCACGUCAUGGACCGAUUCAACCGACCAGUCUAACUGACCGGUCCAUCAUCGACCCUCCCAACCGACCAGUGUGAGAGAAUGGUCGAAACCUGUGAACUGCUGAAAUUGGUCUUGUGAUGAAGCGUGAAUAGUCUUUAUGUGUGAAUAGUCUCUAUGUGUGAAUAGUCUUUAUCUGUGAAUAGUCUCUAUGUGUGACUAGUAUAGUGUGUGCUAGUGUGUUCUGUGUUAAAAUGAUCGGGAAAGCUUGCCUGUUAUUUAUUUACUAGGCAUGCUGCCCAGCUUUG